AGCGUCUUUCGGAGCAGGAAAAUGGAAUAAGAGAAAGAAAAAUGUCUGUAUUUCCAUCACAAGAAAGUAGGCCUCUAAAGAAGCCCAGACUAGGGCCUCCUGAUGUCUAUCCUCAGGAUUCAAAGCAAAAAGAGGAUGAGCUAACUGCAAUAAGUGUGAAACUUGGAUUCAGCAACAAUCCCCCAAGUGGAUGGGAUGAGUAUGGCUCAGCAAGAAGAGAAAACAUCAACCAAGAAAAGUUUGGCAAAGAUUUUAUAUCUGUGCUCAACAGAAAGACUGAAUAUAACACCUUCCAAGACACUACAAAGAAAAAGCAAAUGCCCACAAAAGAUAUAUUUUGGCCGGCGGCAAAAAAUCAAAGUGCCAUGCGAGCCUGGUUCAAAGAUCUUUCUGGAAACAAACCACUGUCACAUCUAGGAAGGAAGGUGCCCACAUUUAACAAGAAGGAGGAAGUGUUCAGUACUCUGUGUGAGUUUGUGGUGCCCAUGACGAAGGCUGUCUGGUUUAUCAAGAUGACUGCAGCGUACAAUGUGGCCGUUCAGGAGAAGAUGAAACAGCGCAGACAAAUGGUGGACCAGUCCAUGGAAUGGUGUCAGGCCAUCACUAAAUACCUGAGGGACCAGAUUCAAAAAAUCCAGGAGCCACACAGUGGCCCCGGUUCCACUGCUGGAUUCCUCACUGUAUCACAGCCUGAUCCUAACCAGGCCCUGAGGCAAUGGCAGUACACCUGUAAAUUAGCCAGGCAUAUGUAUGAUGAGGGACUGGUGGACAGACAUGAAUUUUUGAGUUGGCUAAUCGAUUUAGUGGAGAAAAUGAAACAGAAUGAAGAUACUGUUUUCAAACUUCUGAUGGCACAAAUUCUGCUGUACAUGGAGGAGAUAACGCUAUCAGUGAUAUUAUCCAGAAGACUGGCCCAUUUCUCGGCCAAGAAGAUAGCCCAGCUGUGUAGCGAGUCCGACUGCAUGCCCCCUCGCACCGACUCACCCAUGCUGACCACUGGCUCUACUGGUAUGCCGAAUAACCAGAUCAUGACCCAGAAUCCCCUAGCUACUGUGUUUGCUCAGCAUAACAACUGUCCCCAGCAUCGGGGGAUUGUGCUCAGUGUGUGUGCCACCCUCCAGAUCAUCACCCUGCUGUGCCCCUCCGCCCUGGUCUGGAAUAGCCUGGGGGAUGGGAAGAACUCCUCCUUCCUCUGUGGCUCACCACUGGAUAUUCUUCCCUGUGCCCCAUCCAGUUUACCAAUGCCUCAGGGUCCUCAGAACAUGCAGAUCAGAACACAGAUUCGUUCAUCAGAGAACCAUGUUAGACAAAGGGGUAGAGCAGCAGAGCUCCGAUGGUCCUCCGACAAAUGCCAACAGUCCACUAAAGGGAACACCAUAACUCGAGUGUUGGAGGUGUUGGACACGCUGGACAGGCAUAAUUUUGACAAAGAGGACACUCUAAAUUCCCUGGAAACUUUGUAUCACAAGAUCUUCACAGCCAAUCAGACCAAAGACAACUCAGAGGAGGAUGAAGUAUUACCAAAACCCUUCAUCAGUGAUGAACCAAUCAUACACCUUCUUAUUGACUGGGCAGUCAGCAUCAGAAGAAGUGGGAUAUACAGGGCAGUAGUUGUGGCCAAACUAUUGGAGAAAAGACAGGUGGAUAUCAGGACUGAGAAAUUCAGCGAGAACCAAUCAAUGGAUGAUAGGGAGUCGGUAGGCUCCGAUUCGCUUGUUCCGUCAGGAACACCGUACUUUCAGGCUAUUUUGAUGGCUUAUCUGGAUGAUCAAGCUCCUUCUCUGGAUGACAACCCCAAUGACAAUGAUCGCCAAGGGUUCGCCAAUCUCAUUCAGCUGUUUAGUGAAUUGAUCCGCCAUGAUGUGUUUUCCCAUGAUGCUUACAUGUGUUUCCUGAUUUCCCGUGGUGACCUACUGUCGUCACCUUCCGUGAUGACAGUGACCACCGACUGCAUCGACCUCUCCAGUAUCAAGAGUCAGGUUGAAAGUGUUAAACAUGAGCCUCAGGAUGACUUUAAGGUAGAUAUCAUGGAUAUGCAUACUGUAGAGUUGAGUGAUUUUGGAAGUUUGUUUGGGACUGGAAAAGAUGAACAGAGAACCAGUCCAGAAGAACCAGCUUCUGUGAAAUCAGUGAUGUCAGAAAAAGAGCCCCACCAUGCCAUCCCCACUCUUCCUAACUCAGACCAGCAACAGAAGGGACCCUCUCGACACAUGCUGUACGCCCAACAUUUCCCGAUUCCCGACGAUGAUUCGAUCCACGAGUGUAAUCAACGUAUUGCGGUUCUGUAUGGUGUAGGCAAAGCCAGGGAUGAUGCAAAACACGUCGUGAAGAAGAUCAGUAAGGAGGUCCUUAAGAUGUUUAGCAAGAAAAACUGUGUGGAUAUAAGCAGUGGAGAACUGGGUCGCGUGAAGAAACGCAAAGAAAAGGAGGCCAUUGAUUCCAUGUCCAACGUCAGUACAAACUUUGAGAAUGUCUUUGAGGGAAUUUUUAACAAAUUCCAGAAGUUGUCGUAUCACGACCAACAUGCUGUCACAGCACAGUGUAAGAAUCUCGUGUUGGAGGAGAUACGGAAUUUUACAGCAUGCAGUUCCUUUUACCUCCCCCUUGUAGAAAAUGUGUCCUAUUUGUUUGACUUGAUGGAAUACUCCCUCAACAUCCAUGGUCUGCUGGACUUCUCUGUACAGUUGCUGAAGGAGCUGAGUAACGUAGAGGAGACGCUGAUCGAACAGAAGUCCAGUCUAGUGGGUAACUACACUACGUCCCUGUGUCUGUGUAUUGUGGGCGUGUUUAGAAAGUACCAUGCCUACCUUCUAGUGUCACGAGACCUUACUAUUACGGCCUUUGAGUGGCUGAUCAGUGUGGUCAGGAAGAUUUACAAUCCAUCAGACUGUUCCUCCUCGGAGCGGUGUAUCCUGGCCUACCUAUACGAUGCCUACAGCUCCUGCAGUUACCUAAGGGAGAAGUUUUGUGACAUGUUCAGCAACCCCUACAGGAAAAUGAAGAUGACUCUGUAUGCCACAAUCACACCUUCAGCAUCCAAUAAACUCUGGGAUCCAGGCUUCAUGGUCAACUUCAUGAACCAGACCAACAUCAAGAUUCCGCUGGAUGACAUGGUGAUAAAUGACCUGAGAGAGAACCCAGCCCACCGAUACAGCUUUGUCUGUAACGCCAUGCUGUACAUCUGUAACACUCAGGAAACCGACAGACUGAACGAGAUCUCCAUUUUAUGUGCGGAGUUGACGGCACGGUGUAAUGCGUUGAGUCCAGAGUGGCUGGGUGUGUUACAGGCUCUCUGUUUUUCAUGUGCCAACAGCUGUGGUUUUAUUGACAUCCUCACGCAGAUUGACGUGAGUGAUAUGUCAAUCCAUGACUCUCUUGCUGUGUUCACUGCCAUCCUAAUUGCUCGCCAUUGUUUCUCAUUACAAGAUCUUGUUGUUCAUGUUGUAUUACCAUCCUUACUGUCUGCUAGACCAACAGCAUCUGGUGACCAGGAUGCUGAGAAUGGAGCUAGACUGACUUGUCACAUCCUGCUGCGGUUAUUUAAGACAUCGGAUAUGACCUUGACCUCACCUGGUCCCAGACUGGGCAGUAAGUCCCAAUCUCAGUGUAACAUAAAGAGGUCCUGUGACAAGCACCUGUUGGCAGCCGCCCAUGACAGUAUCACAGUAGGCCCUGUACUGGCAGUCCUCAAGGCUAUGCUGGUCCUGAGUGACCUCUGCAGUGAUGAGAUGAGAUGUAAGUCGGGGUCCAGCAGUAAGAAGGAGGACAAAGAUGAUAUAUUCCGUACACUGCUCAGUAGUAUUGAUGAUGAGGAGGACAUGCACAUGGCAAUGGGACCCUCUAAGAGGAAGCAUGGUAUGGAGAGUGCUGGUCUGAGUGACUUUGCCCGUCACGCCCUGAAGGAAAUGUGUAAACAGGAAUGGGUACAGGAAAAAUUUCUCAAGGACCCAGAGGGCGUACAGAGCUCUGAUCUCUUACUGGACAACAUGCUGUCCAACAAGCAGGCUCAGCAGCUGCUCCAAAUGAUCUGUUACCCCAACGGGGUUCCUAACCAAGUGGAUGGGAGUGAACCAGAUGUGAAACAGAUCAUUCAACGUGUUUUACAGACUCUAGACAUGUGGGGGCUACGUGUGUCAUUGCUCGAGUUACAGCUCCUCUUCAAACAGGCCACCACACAAGCAGACACCAAUAUACUGCUGGACAGCAUUGCUAGAGGAACGAUUGAUCUGUUCCAUCGACAGACCGAGUCAAACCGACACACUGAUAUAGACUCAAAUCAACAAAAACCUGAUCCUGAUGCAAUUUGGCUGGUGGGCCCCCUGAUCGCGAAGCUCCCAAGUCAGGUCCAGGGACGAGUAUUGAAGCUGUCUGGGCAUGUGCUGGAGAGUGGAAACAACUUCCAAUCGAAAGGUCGCGACAAGGAGAGGAGUCAAAGAAGCAAGUCCCUCCUUAGUCACCAACCAUUCCUGUGUCUGAUUCUAACCUGUCUGAAGGGCCAGGAUGAGCAGAGAGAGGUCCUGUUAAACUCACUACUGUCUCAGCUGGAUCGGUUCAUCAAUAACUGUAAAGAAGCUCUGGAUAAAACACCAGAUGAAUUCAAAGUUCGAGCAAACAUUCACGAAGCCCUGUUGCUGAAAUUGUCUCUGGUUGGUGGGAUGUUUGACACGAUACAGAGGAGCAUGACCAACACCACAGACUGGGCUCAACUUCUCCUGCAGCUGGUCACUAGUGGCAUCGUGGACAUUCAGUCUAAUAGUGAGUUGUUCACAGUGCUACUGGACAUGUUGUCAGUUCUGAUACAUGGGACACUGAUAACAGAGGGGUCUGAUAAAGGAGAAGAUAUUAACAAAAUGUAUACCAACCUCAUUAAGAAACUACGGAAAGAACUGGGCGACAAGCAGUCCGACUCUAUAGAUAAGAUACGCCAGUUACUUCCCAUACCAAAGCGGUUCUUCGAAGUGAUCAGCUGUGAAGCCCACGGUACACAGAUGGACAGCAAAGGCAACAAAUACGAUGGAUUCGGCAAAAAAGAGGGUUUCCAAGUAGCAAAGAAGGAGAAGAUUAGCCCCUGGGAGGUGAUAGAGGGCUACAAGAAUCCCCCACCCUUGUCAUGGCAUUUCUUUGGGGCAUUAAAACUGGAGAAAAAGCCUCUCAGAUAUGAGGAGCAGCACAGGUUGCUGUUAUUUCACACGCACUCCCUCCGUCAGCCCCUCGCUCAUUUCCUGGACCCACCUUCUCUACCCCCAGAGGACCUCGAACCAGUGCCUGAGAAAAUUGAGGAGAAACCCAAAGAGGCCAAUGAGAAUCCACAACAGGAUAUGAGCAGGAAAAAGAAACCCAAAAAGAAAACGAACCGAACCAACAGUGGCAGCGGUCAGGGCCCAUACAAUAUCCAGCCUCCUGUUCGCCAGUAUCAGCCCUCAACAAACUGGUAUCCCACGCAGACGCAGCAACACCCACAGUUCUAUGGCAACCAGCCCAUGCCAGCAGGUCCAAGGUUUGAGGCCCCUCCUUACAGCAUGCAGGGUAUGACUCCCUCAAAAAUGGCCAUUCAGCAAAUGAUCAGAACUCGUCACCCUGGCAACAUGCAUCAGUGGGCAAACACUAAUCAACCCUCCAUGCAGACCUUGCAGCUUUUGCAGAAACAACAGAGCCACCGCAUGGUCAGGCAACAGAUCAGGCAAACCUUUCAAAACCAUAACCGUGGUGUUACACCUGAUGGUAGUCAGGCGAUGUUCUCAGGCGGCAUGCAUUCAAUGAAUCAGAAUCAGGUUGGGAUGACUCAGAACUAUGCUCCAUCUUACAACAUUCCACAACAGUCCACUAGUAUGGACCCAGGAAUGAUGUCCCAGGGGACUUAUAACCAGUCCUACAACGGGGGACAAGCGACAGGCAUGAUGCCCCAGGCAGGGUUUAUACCUCAACAGCAACCAACACAGCAACACUUCAGUCAGCCAUCCUCUCGAAUGAUGGUUCCAAGUCAGAUGCAGACGCCACAAAGUACAAUGGGGACCGGGAACGCUAGUUACAAUCAGAUGGGGCCAUCAGCCAUUCCUCAGAGCACUUACUUGCAGAACAUGCCAUCAAACCCCCAACAACUGCAACAGCUAAGACAACAACAACAACAACAGAGACUUAUGGCCAUGAAAAGACAGUCCAUGAGCAACCCUGGUCAGCAGCCACAAAGUGCUGCUCUCAUGGCUCAAAUUCAGCAACAAAUUGGACCGAAUCAGUACGGGAACUAUAAUAAUCAGCAACGAUUUUAAUUUGUUAAAAGCAGGGACUCAUGCAUGGUUUCCUAUUGAGGUUGAGAUAUUACGGCCAGUACUACAAUAUGCCACUGUAAAUAUUGAGGUUGGGAUGGGAAUUGCUCUGUUUAUACGCAUUACGUAACAAUGGCUCUGGUACAGAGAUCUUAUAAUACAGCCUGUACAUUGUGCAGUUUGUGGACAGAUCCAGAAAUGUGUGCUUUUUUGGAAGAGAUGGUGACAAAUUAACAAAAAAGAGCUGGUGUCAAUAUUUUAGUAGGACAAUGUUCAAAAUUCAGUUUUUGUACAGGAAAUUGAACAAAAGUAGUAUGUUGAUAACAAUUAGUACAUAAUAAUUUUAUGCCUCCAGAAUCCAAGAUACAAGGGGGGGGGGGGGGGGGGGGGGGGGGGCACCUGUGUUUCACAUCCACAUUUUGUUAGUGAUAUAGAACUAUUACAGAAUCUCCUUGUUAUAUGUUGUAAAAUGUGUUUUGUGUAAUUAAAUUGGCCUGGGAUGUCUCUGUAUUUUAUACAUUUAUUCUUGGAAUCAAUUGCAAUUAUCAUCAGCUUCGAUCUGUAUUUUGACCAGUGUUUCUUUUUAAAGAAUGCAUGUUGUCACAGAAAAUCUGCUGUUCUUAGAUAAUGUGUGUAAAGUGAAGUGAAUUCAUUGUGUUUAAAGAUGGAAUCUUACUUUUUAUUUCAUUUAGAUGUAUGUCAUUAAAAUUCAGGGUUAAAUUCUU